GCCUGUGCUGAUGUGCAUGCCAAAAGAUGCUAUGGGGCCAAGCGAAAGAAAUGGCCUCGGUCUCCCAUCAGGAGUCGAGGCUCACGGAAGGCGCUUGGAGUGGUUGAGAUGAACGGAGUGUGGGUGGAAUACGACCCCGACAGUGAUCCCUACGAUCCCCGGACGGCGCCUCUGCUGCCACCCAGACCGAUGCGCAACCAGGCAGUUUUCAACAUGCGCUCUGACCCGCCCAAGGAGGCCGCCGUGGCAACGCACAAGCGCGCGCCGUCGACACCCUCCACGCAUAGUGGAGGAACAACAUCAAGGUCGAUGUCGGACAACUCGCGAGAGGCGAGCACAUGCGAGGACACAAGUUCCAUUGCUUCCGUAUCAGCUACUUUGGAUGCGAAGCUGCCCAGGGCCGUGGAAACUGCCGCCGAGCAGCCGACAAGCCAGGCGAUCCCUUGCCGCACGCUCCUGACGAUGCCUGCUCAGUCAUGGUUAGCGUUUCCGUCUUUGAAGAGCCUGCGUCCAGAGAGCGCCGCACGUUGA